GGGACCCUCAGAGACCCCCCUGUGUGUGCGCACGAGCGUGGGAGAGAGACAUAGGGAGACAAAGAGAAAAAGAGGAAGAGAGAGAGAGACAUAGGACAAGAUAACAAUGCUGACGCUUUUGACCGCGAUGUACCUGGUUGUCCGGGCUGCUUCAGCUCAGGCCGAACCCAUCCGUGUUUUGGUGACUGGUGCCGCCGGCCAGAUCGCCUAUUCCCUGCUGUACAGCAUCGCUAAAGGAGAUGUCUUCGGCAAGGACCAGCCAAUCAUCUUGGUUCUUUUGGACAUCCCGCCCAUGCUGCCCGUCCUGGAUGGAGUUGUCAUGGAGCUGCAGGACUGCGCUCUCCCACUGCUAAGAGAGGUGAUCCCCACGGAUAAGGUGGAGGUGGGCUUUAAGGACCUGGACGCUGCCAUCCUGGUGGGCUCCAUGCCCAGGAAGGAGGGUAUGGAGAGGAAGGACCUGCUGAAGGCCAACGUGGCCAUCUUUAAAACACAGGGAGCCGCGCUGGAGAAGUACGCCAAGAAGACCGUCAAGGUCCUGGUUGUUGGAAACCCAGCCAACACAAACUGUCUGAUCGCCUCCAAGUCCGCUCCAUCCAUUCCCAAAGAGAACUUCUCCUGCCUGACCCGUCUGGACCACAACAGGGCCCGCUCACAGGUGGCGAUGCGUGUGGGCGUGUCCUCAGAUAAGGUGAAGAACGUGAUCAUCUGGGGAAAUCACUCCUCCACUCAGUACCCUGACGUCCACCACGCCACCGUCAACCAGCACGGCAAGGAGGUCCCCGCCUACGACGCUGUGAAGGACGACAGCUGGCUGAAGGCAGACUUCAUCUCCACUGUGCAGCAGCGUGGAGCUGCCGUGAUCAAAGCCAGGAAGCUGUCCAGCGCCAUGUCCGCCGCUAAAGCCAUCUGUGAUCACAUGCGUGACAUUUGGUUCGGGACCCCUGAUGGUGAGUUUGUGUCUAUGGGAGUUUACUCCUCUGGGAAUUCCUACGGUGUUGCUGAUGACCUCAUGUACUCCUUCCCCGUCAUGAUCAAGAACAAGUCGUGGAAGGUGGUGGACGGUCUGCCGAUUAACGAUUUCUCCCGCGGUAAGAUGGACGCCACGGCGGCGGAGCUGAUCGAGGAGAGAGACACAGCUGUGUCCUUCCUGGGAGUGUGACUAGACCCCCCCACCACAGCGGCGCAGCACCCACACCCACCCAAACCCCCCCACUCACAACUGUAAACCCAGCCCACCUCCAGCGCUGCCCUGUGCGAGUGUGUGUGAGAGAGAUAGGAGGUUCUGAAUGUACGUGUGCAUCAUUUCAUACAGUAACAGAAACUGGGGAUCUGUAUUAUAGCCGUGAAUCCGCUGGGUUUUACACCGGGGUGCCACCCAGAGGAGAAGCUUCGUUCAGGGUUCAAACGCACACUGUCGUCCCGAUCAACUUAACAAGACUCCAUGUGUUCCAAUAAACGGAGAAACUUAA